CUGAGUUUCUCCAGCAUUUUUGUCUACCUAGGAAUAGGUGACGUUUCGGUUGGAGAACCUUCUUCAGACCAGUGUGAAGAAAGGUUCCGACCCGGAAACAUCACAUAUUCCUUCUCUCCAGACAAGCUGCCUGUCCCGCUGCGUUACUCCAGCAUUUAGUGUUUAUAUUAUAGUUGUACGAGACCGUGGUGUGUUCACGGUGCUCCGUCCGCGGGUGAAGCAGCGCUGCCGGGGCCCGGGGCCUGGUCGUGGUCGUGGUCGAGGUCGAGGUGAGGCCCGUCGCCGCUCCGGGAAGUGAGGCAUCGCGUUGGCGGAAGUGGAUGGACAGGGAAAGAUGGCGGCGCCGAAGAGUGUUCCGCGGGAUGCGCAGGUUAUGGCUCAGAUUUUAAAGGAUAUGGGGAUCACGGAAUAUGAACCAAGAGUUAUUAAUCAAAUGUUGGAAUUUACUUAUCGGUAUGUUACCACAAUAUUGGAAGAUGCUAAAAUUUAUUCUAGUCACGCUAAAAAGGCAAGUGUUGAUGCUGAUGAUGUCAGGUUGGCUAUUCAGUGUCGAAUGGACCAUUCAUUUACAUCUCCACCUCCUAGAGAUUUUCUGCUGGAGAUUUCUCGACAGAAGAAUCAAAACCCACUACCAUUGAUAAAACCAUAUGCUGGACCCAGGCUACCUCCAGAUAGAUACUGUCUAACAGCACCGAACUACAAAUUGAAGUCAGUACACAAGAAGAUGGCAUCAUCCGCUGGAAGAAUAACUGUACCAAGAUUAAGUGUUGGAGAUUGUGUAACCAGUCGACCCAGCACACCAACAUUGGGUACACAAUCGCAAACAUUGGCAGUUACAGCAAAAGUUGGAACGCCUGCAUCAUUAGCUGGACAGAGAUUUACAGUACAGAUCCCUUCUUCACAAGCUACUGUUAAGCCAGCCACUUGGAUCUCUUCAUCAACUGCAGUCCAAAAUGUGCUGAUAAAUCAAUCUCUGAUUGGAUCAAAAAAUAUCCUUAUCACAACUAACAUGGUCUCAAACCCGAGUAGCACCACUGAGUUAAACCCAUUGAAACGGAAACAUGAAGAUGAUGAUGACUAUGAUGCUUCCUAAAAGUGGACAUAACCCAUCUUUCAAAAUUAUUUUCCAAAAUAAAGCCAAUAUUUUGACACUCAGUUGCUCAAGAUGAUCUGCCAAGGUCAGUUUGGGGUUGCUUGCAUUAAUUCCAGUUUGAAAAAUCUGAUGGGUAUGUACAGUAAUGCUAAGCGAAUGCAGUUCAUCUUGCCUGUGUAUAAAUUAAAAUAUGGUAUGGAUGCUACUCCUGUUUAAAUUAAAUAAAUGUGCCAUUACAGUACCCUCAUCAGCUAUAGUCUUGGUUCACAACUUUCCAUUAGCUUAUUUUGAAAAUGUUCUAUUUUUGUAGUCAUUUCUGUGUUUAAAUUAUUUUUCAUGUGGGACGUUGCCCUCAUUUAACUUAAUUAUUUCUACGCUUUGAUUUUUGAUUUUGUUCUUUUUGUGCAAUUUAUUAUUAUCUACAUUUUUAUGUCCAAAAAGUUUAAUAAAUUGGCAACAUUGCAACUAUCAAAUUCACUUUUGUCUACGUUGUAAAGUAAGUUUACAUUUAUGCAAUUUUAAAGAAUUAUUUGCUCGAUCCAGUUAUAUUGUGAUUAUUAUUAAUAUUUUACAGUGAAACAUUCUUUGUCAAUCAUUUGGUGUAUCAUCUUUACUUGGAAAUGCAAUUUGUAUUCCAAAAUAUAUCUGAUGUAGUGUUUUAGAACUUAACAGAGGCUUGUUUCAUAUAACAUUGCAAUUAUUUUUGGUUUUCUAUUAAAAGCUACUUUGCUGUU